GAUGCUUUCAUGUUUGUGCAUCUAUUCAUUGAUUUCUGAAUGUGCCUUUGUGUUAGAAUGAUGAUCUGACCCAGUAUGCCCCAAAAAUGAAUGUGCUUGUGGUUGCAUUAUUUAUGGGAUGUUUUUUCUUGAGUACCUUGGAAGAUCUGAUCCUGCAAACUAAAUUGAUUUCAUAAUGGGACAAGAUUUCAACAUCAUAUAUGAUGAUGAUCCCUAGUUGAAUUCCAAUCAUAUAGGCGCCCCUAGAAUUUUAGUCCAUUUUGGGAUCGAACCAGAUGGGUCAGAAUCAGCUGCCACAGUUGAAAGUUGGAACCAGGUACUGCCCACAGCAAAAUACAGACCAGGAAACAUGAGUUGGGUGCCUUUGAAUCACAUGGCGUGCUGCAAAAUGCAGACUAGAAUAUACCUCUUGAUAUUGCAGCAAUUUGCAAAUACCAACUCGAUCAGGGCCCCAUCAGCCCCCCAAGGAUAGGGCAUGCCACAAGCCAUGGGCUUCGUCAGACAUCAACCAUCUCAUGCCAAAACACAUUUGAGACAUGCUGGUAUGGAUGGCUUGUCAUAUAUAUUUUGGCUUAAUGUCUCUAAUAGUUGAAGGAAUCAGUACUACAGUACACCAGCAAUCACGGAAAUGGAAGCAUUGGCUCCACCCCACCCCUUACUGAUAACCAAAAAUUUGGUCCCAAAAAAAUCUGAUCAAAUCAUUUAUCACAUUGUCUGCAGCUGCAACAUUGCACGCAGAGCACUCAUGGCCUUGUCUCCUAUGGUCCUGCUCACCACCUUUUCUGGUAGCUACACAUAACCCCAUCCCUUCAACUAUAUAAAUCCAUAACCUGCUCAACACAACUUCAUCAGCAAACAAGCACCACAAUUUGUGAAAAGGCCUAUCACACCAUCAGAGCAGAAGUGCAAUUUAGCCAAGAGCACAUAACAGCCAUGAUCCAUUCAAAGAAGCUUGCUCAACUUGCCAAGAAGUGGCAGAGGAUGGUGGCAGUCAGUGGCCAGCAGACUGCAGGCACCGACGGAUGCUGCAGCACCACCUCUGUUGCAGACAGGGGCCAUUGUGUCAUGUACACUGCUGAUGGGUCUCGGUUUGAGGUUCCGUUGGUGUACCUUGGCACAAUGGUCUUCAGUGAGCUCCUGAGGAUGUCUCAAGAGGAAUUUGGCUUCUCCAGCAAUGGCAAGAUCACAUUACCUUUUGAUGCUUCUGUCAUGGAGUAUGUGAUGUGUUUGAUUAAGAGAGAUGCCUCUAAAGAGGUUGAGAAGGCAUUCCUGAGUUCCAUAGCAAGGCCUUGCCACAGUGCGAGUUGUGUAGCUUCAGUGAGACUUAAUCACCAAUUUGCUGUUUGUAGCUAGUGAUAAAUGUUUUUGUUCAGUUGAAUGUAAAUUGAAGAAUUGUAGGGAAUGAAAGGAAUAUACAGACUUUUUCUCAUCUUAGCAGACCAGUUGAUAAUUUCACUGAAAAUUUUGAAUUCCUCAUUAUUAUUUAUACCCACAUCUUUGGUGUUUGUAUUCGCUAAAUGUUCUACUCCCUCCGUCCUGAAUUACGUGUCUUAGUUUUGUCUAGACGUUCUAGUGUUACAUACAUCUGUAUCUAGACACAUCUCAGACAAGUAAUUUGGGGCGGAGGUAAUAGAUAGGACUGAGACAGCUAUUAGACUGACCGACUUCAUUGCUGAACUUUGAAAGACAUUUGCAUAAAAAAGGGCAGCCCGGUGCAUGUAGCUCCCGCUUGCGCAGGGUCUGGGGAAGGGUCCGACCACUUUGGGUCUAUUGUACGCAGCCUUUCCCUACAUUUCUGCAAGAGGCUGUUUCCAGUUUGAAAGACAUUUGCAUAAGUUGUAAAUUAGAUGGUUAGAUUGUUA